AUGGCCAUCGACGAGAAGAUCAAGCGAUACCUCGACGUCGUCACGAGCGACAAAUCCAAGAUUCUCGAACUGAGCUAUGACGGCAAGGUUUUGGAGCCAGGCCAAUACGUUCCUCGCUCAGAUGCCAAACUUUCUCCGACGCUGGCACUUACGGUCCCUUCCCGUGCGGCGACAUACAUGGUGAUUUGCAUCGAUCUCGACGGUCCGUAUCCGAGCUUCAACAUGCUUUCGCCCAUCCUGCACUGGAUUCAGCCGGGCUUCAAAGCUCCCGCUGAGUCAAAUGUCUUGACCUCGAGUGCCCCAUUUGUUGCAAACUACGUCGGUCCAGGUCCGCCACCGGGCAGUUCACCUCAUCGAUAUGUCUUCCUACUCUACGAGCAGCCCGGAGGAUUCGAUGCCACCAAGCAUGCACCUCCUGGCGGGAAGGAAUAUAGCAAUGUGGCUCGAAUGCGGUUUGCGCUGGAUGAUUGGGAGAACAAGGCCAACUUGGGCAGCCCGAUAGCGGUGAACUACUUUGUCAGUAAUUAG